CAAAACAGGAAGCGGCCUCCUUUGCUGCAGCUGCGGAGAGGUCAGAGAGGGGAUCCGCAGCAGUAGACACGAGGCUCAGAGCGCCGGGGCAAAUGGAUAGCAACAGCCAUGCCGGGGGCCGGAGUGGUCUGGGCAGCCUGUUCGGUGCCUCCCCGGGGUACUCUCAGUCCGACCUGGCUGGGGUCCCGUUAACAGGAAUGAGUCCUCUUUCCCCUUAUUUAAAUGUGGAUCCAAGGUAUUUAGUACAGGAUACAGAUGAAUUUAUUUUACCUACUGGUGCAAAUAAGACUCGUGGCAGGUUUGAGCUGGCGUUUUUCACUAUCGGAGGUUGCUGUAUGACAGGAGCAGCAUUUGGUGCAUUUAACGGUCUGCGCCUUGGCUUAAAGGAAACUCAGAACAUGUCCUGGUCCAAACCCAAGAAUGUUCAGAUUUUGAACAUGGUUACAAGGCAGGGUGCACUGUGGGCCAACACAUUGGGAUCUUUAGCGUUAUUGUACAGUGCCUUUGGGGUGGUAAUAGAAAAGACCCGGGGAGCAGAAGAUGACCUCAACACUGUAGCUGCUGGCACAAUGACCGGAAUGUUGUACAAAUCAACAGCUGGAUUGCGUGGAAUCGCCCGUGGUGGACUUGCCGGCUUAGCACUUACAAGUAUCUAUGCUUUAUAUAACAACUGGGAGCAUAUUAAGGGUUCUUCGACACAUCUGUCAUUGUAAAAAAUAAUUUGGACUGUACGGAAAUAACUUCCAAUCUUCGGAACUGUACUUUCAGUCAUUUUGGACAUCCAGUCUUGUGAAUCUUUGCAUUUGGACCUCCUAAAGUGGGCACGUUUUGGUAGGAGAGUGGAACGUUUCACUGGUUCUGAACACUGAAGUCCUUGUACCACAUAGUCAGUCCUGAAAGACUAUAUCCAGCAGCUGUGCUGACAGCUAUAGGCUUAAUCAAGAUGGUGGUCUGUCAGUUUUAGUGCAAAAAAAAAAAUCUCUAUGUAAAUGUUAUGUCAAAAAAUAUAUUUAAAGAUUCACUGUAUUGUAAUUCUAGGUUUCCUGUAAUUUUAGUGAAAACAAACCUAAAAAGUCAAAAUAUGUAUUUCUAUGUAUUUAUCAUUUGGAAAAACAAAGGAAAAUAAAAAAAAUAUAUAUAAAAAGAAA